AUGGGCAAGAUCAUCUUCUAUGAGGAUAGAAACUUUCAGGGCCGCUCUCAUGAGUGCAGCUCUGACUGUUCUGACCUGAACUCAUAUUUCAGUCGUUGCAACUCCAUCCGUGUAGAGAAUGGAAAUUGGAUGCUCUAUGAACGUCCCAACUAUACUGGGCAUCAGUACUUCCUGAGGAGAGGAGAAUAUCCUGACUUCCAGCAGUGGAUGGGAAUAAAUGAUUCCAUAAGAUCUUGCCGCAUUAUUCCUCAGGUACACCGUGGAUCCUUUAGAUUGAGAAUCUAUGAGAGGGAAGAAUUCAGGGGACAGAUGAUGGAGUUCACUGAAGACUGCCCUCAAGUCCAUGAGGAGUUCAAUUAUCAUGACAUCCACUCCUGUAAUGUCCUUGAAGGACACUGGAUUUUCUAUGAGCAACCAAACUACAAGGGACGCCAGUAUUACCUGAGACCAGGAGAGUACAGGAGAUACAGCGAGUGGGGCGCUGUAACCCCUAGAGUUGGUUCUUUUAGGAGAGUUCAGGAAUUGUUUUAA